AUGACGAACCCCCUGCAUGUAAUCAUCGUCGGCGCUGGCCUAGGAGGACUAGCAGCAGCAAUUGGAAUCACCAAAGCCGGCCACCAAGUGACCAUUCUCGAACAAGCUGAGCAACUUGGCGAGGUUGGAGCCGGGAUCCAAAUUCCCCCAUCUUCCUCGCGAGUCUUAGAUCAAUGGGGCCUACUUAACAAAAUCCGCACCAUCGCAACCCUUCCACACGACUUCCACCUCCGAAGCAAACAUGGUGAAAUCCUUUCAACACAGAACAUCCAACCUUUCAUUGAAAAGAAAUACGGACACCCAUAUUUCCAAGUUCAUCGCGCAGGAUACCAUCGUAUCUUAACGGAAGAAGCAAUCAGACUCGGUGUAAAAAUCCGUCUAAAAUGCACUGUUCAGGAUAUCAAUUUCAAUAUACCUUCCGUUCGAAUAAAAGGAGACCCGGACUACGAACUUACAUCCGAUCUAAUCAUAGGCGCUGAUGGUCUUCGCUCAUUAUGUCGGGAGAAAUUCCUCGCUCGUCCUGAUCCACCACGUUUAACUGGGGACCUGGCAUACAGAUCUUUGGUUAAAGUAUCUGAUAUGACGAGUCCGAUACUACGAGAUCUUAUCAGGAAGCCUUGUACAAAUUACUGGAUGGGUGCGAAUAUGCAUGCAAUGUGCUAUUUUAUUGAAAGGGAUCAAACCUGUAAUGUCGUGUUGAUUAUCCCGGAUAAUCUACCACCAGGUGUGAAUGUGAAAUCCGCUUCGGUGGAGGAGAUGCAAGCCAAUUUUGACUCGUGGGAUCCGCAACUUGUGGAGCUCUUAAAGUGUGUUGGAAGUACAACUAAGUGGAGGUUACAGGACAGUGUGAAGAUGGAGCAAUGGGUUCAUGAGGCGAAUAAGUUUGUUUUACUUGGCGAUGCUUGUCAUGCCACGCUUCCUUAUUUAGCUCAAGGUGCUGCUCAGGCUGUUGAAGAUGGCGCUGUAUUAGGAGCCUUGUUUUCCAAGGUAGCGCCAUCUGCUGGAAGGGUAUACAUGACUGAUAUCCUUCGGAUGUAUGAGCAGCUUCGACGGGAUAGAACAGCACGAAUUGUUCAGAAAAGUGCUGAUUUUAGGGUGAUCUUUCAUAUGGAGGAUGGGCCUUUGCAGCAGGAACGUGAUAGAGCACUGCUGAACGAUACCCCAUCUGAAGGGUUUCCAUUCCUGUUUGCGGAUCCAAGCUUACAGGAAUUUCUCUUUGGUUAUGAUUUUGCGAAGGAGGUUGACAUUGCUUGGGAGAGCUAUGAGAGACAUCCUGUGUCAUGCUCGCUCUAA